AUGCUGAGCGGCACAUCUGUCGUCUACGAGCGCAAGGUCGUGACGACUCACAUCCGAACCUACAACUGGCCGCCUCUGCAGCUCAAUUUCUGGAUCUUCGUCAUGCUGCUCUGCUCUGCCACCAUCAUCGGCGUCUUCGGAAGCUUCAUCCAGAUCCAGAAUCAGCUCGAGCUGCCUAUUCCUUGGUAUUUCCCGUACUUCAUCACCGUCGGCGCCAUUGCGAUCCUCUUCAUAUUCGGCGUCUUCUGGUUAAUCGCCCAACGCCGACUGUUACCCGCCAUCGUCAUGAUUGGCGCCUUUAUGCUCUUCGUCCUAUGGAUCGUCGGUCUCGUCGUCGUUUCGCUCGAGCUCUGGGGGCCCAACGGAUCCAUUCAGAGCACCUGCAAUAUGAACGUUUUCAACCAGAAUCCAAAGGGCCGGACGCAGGAGACGUUGGCGUGGCUGCAGCAGAAGAUGAUCUGCCAGUGCUGGGACCUGGUCUUUGCCAUGGCCUUGACGGGAGGCAUCUUUCUGUUCUGGGUCAUGAUUAUGGCUUACCAGGUUUUUGCCAGGUCAUGA